UCGUUGGGUUCAAUGAGUGAGUGACAUGACAUGUUCAUCAUCAUGUUCAUUUUGCAGUCUCUGACAACCACACAAAAUAAAAUAAAAAACCUUAAACUGUUCAUUCUCUCUUGAAUUUCAUUCUCGCCAUUUUUUCAGAAAGAAAUCUCGUUUCAGAAUUUCGAAAAAAAAGACAUGAACAAAUCGUCAUGGGGUUGCACAAUCUUUAUCCAAUUAUCUCUCUGUCUCGUCGUCUAUGUGUCUCUGCAUUUGGGCCAUCCAUUCUUCUUCUCUAGUAACGAUGGUGACAGUGCCGGAGCUCUUGAUCUCCAUUUCAUCUCAGUUUCUGGAGGUUUCAGGCCUCCUCAGCGUCAAACUCGCCUUCUCCGAUUGAUGGAGAGAGUUGCAGAAACGUACAAGGCAAGAUUUGUGGUGAGCACAAGUGAGCAUGGAGAAGAAGAUCCACUCCUGCAAAAUGCUACUCGAGUCUCCUCUAAACUGAAACUUCCUUGGUACACUACGAAGAAAGGUUCUGGAAAUUUCAGAGAGCAAAUCAAAUCGCCUUUUGGUGGAUCAUUGGACGUUAUUUUCGUAGAAACUGGCUCGUUACAGCAGGAAGUGCUCGGUGGAGCAUUGAAUGGUUCGGUGAUCAGUCAAUUGAAAGAGAUAACAAGGAUUCUGAAAGCAGCAGAUGGAGACUGGCGUAUUGUGGUUGGAUCAGACCCGUUACUCGCCUCUACACUUACUAAGGAACCAGAGGAAGCCAAGGGAGUUGCAAGGACAUUUCAUCAAAUCAUGACCAAGUAUGGAGUGAACUUAUAUAUAAGCGAAAAGGGUUGCACCAGUGGAGCCAGCGACAACAGCUUCUCUUGCAUUACGGUUCCUAAUACAUCAGAAAACCAAGGUUCAACGAAUGAUAGUAAGAGUGAAAUGGGAGAUGGGUUUCUUCUUCACAGAGUUAGCUUCUCAGAGUUUGUUACUUAUACUAUCAACUUAUCGGGACAAGUGAUGGAUACAAGAUUGGUUAAGCAAAAGGGCAAAGAGACCAUCUAAGAUUUCAUUUUUUUUUUGUUUCUUGUUGGUUUCAUUCCAUUGUUGUAACUUGUAACUGAUAAAAAGAACAAUCAUUUGUUUAUUCUUUCUUUAAUGACCGAAAUACCCCCCUUUAA